GCUCUACCUUCCUCUGUUUGUAUCUGGCAACUUUGGCGGUGACAGCACAGUGACAGAAACCCUCUCUGAUUAAAACCGUUUUUGUCCAGAGAGAUCUCCGGACCACUGACGAAGAAGACGAUGUUGAGGCGAAGGCCCUCCAAUGCCUCGGAGAAGGAGCAGGUGCAGAAGAAGAAGCUCACUCUGCAGAGAUCCAGCAGCUUCAAGGAUUUUAUGAAGCACAAACCCACCUCUCCCGUGGUGUCAGAAAAGGAGUUUUCCUUGGAGGAGACCGUGGCAGAGGGUGUAACAGCAGAGGAAGUAGUGAAAAGUGGCAGCAAACUGGGAAAGAAAUGGCGCAACGUCAUCUCACGUACCAUGACCCGCAAAACAUCCAAGAUGGUGCAGAAGGCUCUGGCUGAAGAAGGGGGUGAGAGCGGUGAAGAGCUGUCUCCAGUCUCCGGUGACUGGAUUCCAGAUCUGAGUGCAGGACAGAGGACAUCCGUGUGCUCCACAGGGUCAGAGGACACCACGCCCAGCCCCAUCACCCGCCAGCUCUCUGGCAGUAGCGACAGACAGAGCCUGGAUAGUGGAUACUGCCAGAGGGACAGCAUGAGACUGGAGGAGAACGGCAUCUCUUACACCGGGCCUUUCUGUGGUCGCGCUCUGGUCCACACUGACUUCACUCCCAGCCCCUACGAUGUGGAGUCGCUCAAACUUCAAAAAGGAGACAUCAUCUACAUAAUUGAGAAGCCCCCCGUGGGGACCUGGACAGGGAAGCUCAACAACAAAGUGGGCUCCUUUAAGUUCAUCUACGUCAACUUGCUCCCUGAUGAGAGCCCCCCGGCCAGGAGGAGACGCCAGAACAGCAAGACCCACCGAACCAAAUCCAAACCCAAAACCCUGGAGGAGGUGCUGGACAGCAUCGGCCUUACUGAGCUGAGCUCUUUGCUGUCCAUGCAUGGUUUCCAGAGCCUGGAGGACUUUGCAGGACUGAAGGAGUCUCACCUCAAUGAGCUGAACAUCACCGACCCAGAGCAGCGCUCCAAGAUCCUGAAUGCCUCUGAACUGCUGAGAGACUCUGAAGACGAGUCCGAGCCAGAAGAGGAGGACAGAUCUGUGGAGGACGCCAAGGAGCCGAGGGAUUCAGGCUGUUUCGAGAGCUCAGAGAACCUGGAGAACGGACGUGAGGAGCCAAAGAUGGAGGAAGAACUCCAGGAUGAAGCGUCAGAGGAUCAGACAAACCAGGAGGAAACAGAACAGCAAGAGGAAGACCAAACAGAGCAGCUGGAAGCUGUGCAGGAGCAGCUGCAGGAGCUGACGGUGGACGAAGGAUCUUGAGAAGUGGUGGAGAAAAAAAAUACUCAAACUUCUUUUAUUCCUGGUUCUCAGGGACUCUGUGGAUGGAGGUUCAAGUGCCUUUGAACUCUUCAUCAUAAGGGAGUGGACUCGUGGUAGGAACACAUUGUUAGGUUGAAAUACUGUGUGAACAUGAGGGUCUCAAUUUGCUUGCACUGUUGAGCGAGCAGCACAACUUUUUCUCCAUCUGCCACAGCUGGGUUUGAAUGAACGUGUUAUACUGUAUGAUGUUGUGGUUGUUGUUGUUGUUGUUUCUGAUGACAUCAUGUACAAGACCGAUGAAGCAUUCAAAUGUUUCCUCUCUUCUUUAUCAUACUGCCUUAAAUAUUUUCAUGUUGUGCCAUCUGAUACAAAUAUAUGAAUGUAAAAUAUUCUCUCAGUGUUUUCGUGUAACUUCAAAUGUAACUAAGUAGUUUUCUUUUACUUUUGCCGUUAUUAUACUGAUUUAUGUCUCAUGUUAUUUCUUAGGAAAUUGUGAACUGCUGUAAAUAGAACUUGAAUAAAAUAAUUGACUGAGA